AGAGAGGGGACCAGUAGAGAGCAGUCCGUCUCCGUUGGAUGCGCUGUUGGUCGUUCUGGUUUUAAAGCUCCAUCCUCGGCACACAGCGCCCCUUCCCCAGUCCGUCAAAACCUGAAGGACUAUGACUGAUAGGGCCAUCUCCCAAUUCAAGGUGAUCCAGUUUGGAAGAUAAAACAUCUGUGACCUGUGCAUCCUACACCCCCUCCAGAUAAAAUGAGGACUAUCUCAUUGGGCGUUGUAUGGCUGUGUCUCGGCCUGUCCCUGGAUGCUUUGUCUUUGAACGGACGAAGAAGAGAGACAGUAGAUGGAGAGAAAACUGGCCCAGCGAUCAGAGGAGAGAAGCUGCUCAAAAGAGUGAGACGCGGCUGGAUGUGGAACCAGUUUUUCCUGCAGGAGGAGUACACAGGCAGCGACUACCAGUACAUUGGCAAGCUCCAGUCGGACCAGGACAACGGCAGUGGCUUAGUCAAGUACGUUCUGUCCGGCGAGGGGGCCGGCACCCUCUUCGUCCUCGAUGAGAAUAACGGUGACCUGCACGCCACUCGGCGCCUGGACCGCGAGGAGAAGGCUUUUUAUAUCCUCAAGGCCACAGUGGUCAACAAACAGACGGGUCAGAAGCUGGAGCCAGAGACGGAGUUCACCGUCAAGCUCCAUGACAUCAACGAUAACGAGCCUCAGUUCAGCAGAGAAGUUUACACCGGAAGCGUGCCUGAGAGGUCUGAUUUCGGUACAUCAGUCAUCCAGGUGACAGCUACGGAUGCUGAUGACAGUAUGUAUGGGAACAGUGCCAAACUGGUGUACAGCAUCAGCCAAGGACACCCGUACUUCUCUGUGGACCCAAACACAGGUGUGAUCCGGACCGCCUUGGGUCCCGACGACAUGGACCGCGAGCAGAGGGAGCACUAUCAGGUGGUGAUUGAAGCUAAAGACAUGGCCGGACACAGAGGAGGGCUCACUGGAAGCACCACGAUUAACAUCACGCUGACGGAUGUCAACGACAACGCUCCCCGCUUCACUCAGAGUAUUUACCAGUUCAGAGUUCCUGAGUCGUCUGUGUUCGGCACUCCAGUUGGGAGAAUCCUAGCCACCGACAGAGACAUCGGGAGGAACGCCGAGAUGUAUUUCACCAUCGUCAGUGGAGACGGCAUGGACAUGUUCGACAUCUCCACUGACAAAGACACCCAGGAGGGAGUCAUCACCGUCAGCAAGCCUUUGGAUUUUGAGAAGAAGCCGUCGUACACAGUAGAGAUCCAGGUCCAGAACACCCAUGUGGACCCUCGCUUCAUGUCCGCAGGCUCCAAAGACAUGGCCACGGUUCGAAUUGCGGUGGACGACGUGGACGAGCCACCGCUGUUCGACAAAACCAGCUAUCUGAUGGAGGUGAAGGAAGACGCUGCAGUAGGCGUUGCUGUGGGCUCAGUCAGUGCCAUGGACCCCGACGCAGCUCGCAGCAUGGUCAAGUACUCUAUCGACCGCCGCACCGACAUGGACCGCCUGUUCAACGUCCAUCCGGGGAAUGGAUCUGUGUUCCUGCUCAGAAGCCUGGACAGAGAGGAGACCGCCUGGCAUAACAUUUCAGUCAUAGCCACUGAGUUCAAUAACCCCCGUCAGAGCAGCCAUGUCCCCGUCUACAUCCGUCUGCUGGACAUCAACGACAACGCUCCCACCUUCGCCACCACGUAUGAAACCUAUGUCUGUGAGAGGACGAAGGCCGGCCAGCGGAUCCAGACGGUGAGUGCUGUCGAUGCCGACGAGCCGUCAAUGGGACACAAGUUUUUCUUCAGCCUGGCUUCUGAGGGGACCCACCGCAGCAACUUCACUGUCCGGGACAACGGAGAUAACACUGCUGGCAUCCUCACACGUCGAGCCAGCUACAGCCGCCUUCACCAGAGCAUCUACCUGGUUCCCGUGGUGAUCACCGACGGCGACUACCCCAUGCAGAGCAGCACCGGCACUCUCACUGUGAGGGUGUGCACUUGCGACCGCGAAGGCAACAUGGAGCUGUGUAACGCAGAGGCUCUAAGCAGCUCUCCUGGUCUCAGCACCGGAGCGCUCAUCGCCAUCCUCCUGUGUGCCAUCAUACUGCUGAUGAUCGUGGUCCUGUUCACCGCUUUGAAACGCCAACGAAAGAAGGAGCCGCUCAUCAUCUCCAAGGAGGACGUCCGGGACAACGUGGUGAGCUACAACGACGAGGGCGGCGGCGAGGAGGACACCCAGGCUUUCGACAUCGGAGCGCUGCGACACCCGGACGCCGCCGCCGCCGUGCUGGAGGAGUCGGCCAAACAGCGGCGCGACAUCAUCCCCAGCGACACGCUGCUGUACCCGCCGCGCCGCCGCCUCCACCUCGCCGCCUCCGGCCUCGUCAUGCCGCCGGUCAGCGUGGUGUCGCGGGACAACGGGGACGUCCGCGAGUUCAUCAACCAGAGAGUGCUGGAGAACGACUGUAACCCGACGGCGCCGCCGUACGAAUCGCUGGCCACCUACGCCUACGAGGGCGCGGGCUCGGUGGCCGAGUCGCUGAGCUCGCUGGGUUCAGCGUCGUCCGAGGCGGAGCAGGACUACCACUACCUGAGUGACUGGGGGCCCAGGUUCAGGAAACUAGCUGACCUGUACGGGGCUGAGGACGGGGACUUCUCCUAACAGAGACACCACGAACGCACCGUCUCUCCCGUCUCUAAGACAGGUCCAGGAAAGAUUUCAGUUUGGACCGAUGCAGGGCCGAGGACAGCAACAUCUAACUCACACAAACUCACUAUUAGAGAUUGUGUACAGUACAGGCCAAAAGUUUGGACACACCUUCUCAUUCAAUGCCUUUCCUUUUUA